GGCGUUGUUUCCACGACUCGAACUGAAAAGCGAGGUGGAAACGGAGGUGCAAAGCGGAUGAGAGCUGUGUCGACCUGGUCGGACCUGCCCCAAGAUUCUACGACGGUGACUGCAUCAUUGACAUCGCCUGCUCGUUAUCGCUACGACAUUCUCAACAAUGCCAAGAUUAUUGUUCACCAUGUCACACCCCCAAAGGAUAUCCAAUCCCAGGUGAAUGCCAUCUUCAAUCGUAGGAUAUCCAAAGAGAGGAGGAGUGAAAUCUCCAGCAUUGCGAAGGGCAUGUGCAACGAGUUUAUUGCUAUCACCCAAGCAAACCGUCGAGAAGAUGACUGCGUCGAGGUGGUCAUUACGGCUCUCGAGACAAUGGAUAAGGAGAAGGUCUUCGCUUUUGUUAGAAAGGCUGAUUGGGACCCGAACCUAAACCCUGAUCCUCCGCAACUAUUUAACUUCAAACACCUGGGUCAUGCCAACAAUGAGGCCGAUUAUACUGCCGAAAGGCCUACAAAGCGACAACGGAGAGAAUGGUCCUCCAACCCAUCCUCGGACCAAUCACGGCCUGAUGCACCUGCAUCCGAGCGCGGACAGCACAAAGGUGUCAAGACUCCUCGUCCUGAUUGUACUAUUGGUCUUUCACACUCCACGUUAGCUCACGCGUUAUCGGAACGUGUGCUAAAAACGUCGCAGGCGGACGGAUUCCUGAGGGGAUUGCAACGCGAACACAUCCUUUACUCGGAUCCGACCGAGAACUCUAUGAAUGGUCGGUUCCCCGUCCUGGUGGUUGAAGGAAAGGCAUACGCUACUGGAAAGACUGUUUUCGAAGCCGAGAAUCAAGCUGCCGUAGCCGGAAGCUGUAUGGUCAACCUUCUACAACAGCUGACUGACGUCCACGAUCGGUGCGUGCCCGAUUCUCCACACAUGAAAGAGGCACCUCUCACCUUUUCUAUAUCUACGUGGGGACCGCUGCUCCAAUUUUGGGUUCAUUAUCCCUUGGUGGAGGACAAUAUCACCUCGUAUCAUAUGAGCGUCUUGAAGACAUGUCACGCAUGCAUCGCUGAUGAGUUGGAAGACUUCCUUCUAAUGUCACAGCAGCUGAUGAGCUAAGGAUGACUUUUUGACGAAGAUAGCGAGACAAUUAUUUGCGGUAGCUAAGCGUACACCAUAUAGAAAAUAGGUCUGUGCGGGUGAAGAGAUAGCUCGGGCUACGUUGCCAGUCGAGGAGAGCUUUUGAGAGUAGGUG